UGACGGUAGAGUGUAUGUUUAUGUCUUUAAGUUUCUGAGUGAUAUUAUGUAAAAGCAUGUGUACGAAUCCAGAGCUGACAAGACUGGUUCAGCACUUAAGAGAUUACGGGAGUUUUGUACGCCAAUAAUCUGAUAUUGGACAGGAACAAACUCGGAGAUUAAGAAACAAAAAACCAGAAAUUUUUAAAGCUGUGGAAGAGGACCCUGGUGCCAGUACUCGAAGAUUAAUCACAAGAUUUCAAGUAUGUUAUGUGCUGUAAAAAUUAGUAACAACGUUACCCACUACGCUGAUGAAGAUUUUCCUUCAACUGAAUCACUCAAAAAAGCAACUGAUUACACUGAAAUUGAUCAAAUAAAGAAUCCGACUAAAGAAGAACAGACAGCAAAACCAAACAGAACGACAUUUUCCAUUUCCGUAUCAACGAUGAAGGUCGCAAACCAUACCAACUCGACUACUACUGUUACUACAACGGAAGUUAUAGUGGACGAUUCCACCAGCACCAAAUCACAGAAUAUGAAGUUUUUAAACAAAGUCCUUUCGGAUGUGCAGGAACUGAUAUCUUACGAAAAGGAAGGCAAAUCAUCCGGUAGCAACGAAGGAGCCAUGUGUACCAUAGUAGGUGACUGGGACAGUAAGGUUGGAGGGAUGCAACUUCAAAUAGCAGCCAGAAAUGAAUCUCGUCGCAGCCCAACCGUUGAACUAGUCCAACAAGAACCCAAGGCUGAGAGUGGGUUUCUAAAAACUGGCAAAUGGAAUAUCACGACACUUAUGCCCUUCAACCACUCUUCGCUUAUAAUGUUAACUGCCAUAUCCGAAAAAAGCGUAGCCUCUUUCCUAGGUGACUGCAGAAUAUGUGAAGGUUCAGAAACGAUAACAGGCAAUUGGAUGUUAAUGGUGAAAUCAACAAACUGCAAAGAUCGGCAAGACAGCCACUCCUUCUUCAGUGACGUAAUGAGAAAGAGCAAUAUAAGAAAACUGCAGAAAGUGCACCUAAACGAGAUGAGUACGAUGAGUACUAGUCUGGCCUCGACAACGGAAUUGUAGACUGUAUUUAUUUUUAAU